ACACCUCCCUGCAUGUGAUUAAAUGGCUCGAAAUCUGCUUCUGAUUUCCUCGGGGAGGUGACUUUUCCCUUCUUUUCAACCCGGGAUUUAUUGGAGCCUUUUUACUCCGCGUCCAGGCGGCGGUCGGGGCUCAGUUUCUCCAAUUCUUGCUUUUCUUUUCAUUUCUAUUUUUUUUAAAGUUUUUGUUGUUGGUUUUUUUUUUUUUUUUUUCCCUUUCCUCUCCUUUUCGCCCUCCCCUGCUGCCUCCCCCCCUCCCUCCCGCAGCCGAAGCAGCCGCGGGCGGUACGGUGGAGCGGGCGGGAGCGCGGCCGGCUGCGGGCACGGCGCUGAGACCCGCCCGCACCGCCGAGAGCAGCGCUCCCGCUUUCCACUAUUUCGCCUUAUUUCGUCCCCACGCACGAUUCUCUGGAAAUUUGUUAUCAUUGCUUUUUCCCCCCCACCCUUUUCUUCACUUUUUUCCUUUCUUCGUGCUGCGGCCAGCACCGGGAAGGAGCUACCUCUGCCCGCCGUCCGCCCCGCCGCGGCCCCAGCUCCUCUCGCCGCCGCUCCCGGACCUGUCGCCCAUACCGGCCCCGCUACCUGCCCGGCCGCGGGAGGAGCCACUUCCCUCUCCCCAGAAGGAUGGAGGUGCUGCAGCUCCUGCGCCUGCUCCUCACCACUGCCAUGCUGGGCCUGUCCCAGACAGCGAACCCCUUUGUGGCCCAGCAGACCCCCCCAGACCCCUGCUACGACGAAAGCGGUGCUCCAAGACGCUGCAUCCCUGAAUUUGUCAACGCUGCCUUUGGGAAGGAGGUUCAAGCCUCCAGCACGUGCGGGAAGCCUCCGACACGGCACUGCAACGCCUCAGACCCCCGCCGAGCCCACCCGCCCGCCUACCUGACCGACCUCAACACUGCCUCCAACAUGACCUGCUGGCGCUCAGAAACCCUCCACCACUCACCCCAGAACGUCACCCUCACCCUCUCCCUUGGCAAGAAGUUUGAGGUGGUCUACGUCAGCCUCCAGUUCUGCUCACCCCGGCCCGAGUCCACCGCCAUCCUCAAGUCCAUGGACUACGGCAAGACCUGGGUGCCCUACCAGUACUACUCCUCCCAGUGCCGCAAGAUCUACGGCAAGCCCAGCAAAGCCACGGUCACCAAGCAGAACGAGCAGGAGGCCCUGUGCACCGACGGCCUCACCGACCUCUACCCUCUCACUGGGGGGCUCAUCGCCUUCAGCACCCUCGACGGGCGGCCCUCGGCGCAGGACUUCGACAGCAGCCCCGUGCUGCAGGACUGGGUGACGGCCACCGACAUCCGCGUGGUGUUCAGCCGCCCGCACCUGCUCCGUGAGCUGGGCGGCCGGGACGCCGCUGACGAGGAGGGGGGCGCGGGCUCCAGCCCCUACUACUACGCGGUGGGGGAGCUGCAGGUGGGCGGGCGCUGCAAGUGCAACGGGCACGCGGCGCGCUGCAUUAAGGACAAGGAGCAGAAGCUGGUGUGCGACUGCAAGCACAACACGGAGGGACCCGAGUGCGACCGCUGCAAGCCUUUCCACUACGACCGGCCCUGGCAGCGGGCUACUGCCCGUGAGGCCAACGAGUGUCUGGCCUGCAACUGCAACCUGCACGCGCGGCGCUGCCGCUUCAACAUGGAGCUGUUCAAGCUGUCGGGGCGCAAGAGCGGCGGCGUGUGCCUCAACUGCCGGCACAACACGGCGGGCAGGCACUGCCACUACUGCAAGGAGGGCUUCUACCGCGACCUCAGCAAGGCCAUCACCGACCGCAAGGCCUGCAAAGCUUGUGACUGCCACCCAGUCGGUGCAGCUGGCAAGACCUGCAACCAGACCACGGGGCAGUGCCCGUGCAAGGACGGCGUGACCGGCCUCACCUGCAACCGCUGUGCCAAGGGCUACCAGCAGAGCCGCUCGCCAGUGGCCCCCUGCAUCAAAAUUCCUGCCAUCAACCCCACCUCCCUGGUCACCAGCACAGAGGCACCUGCAGACUGUGACUCCUACUGCAAACCAGCCAAGGGCAACUACAAGAUUAACAUGAAGAAGUACUGCAAGAAGGACUAUGUGGUCCAGGUGAACAUCCUUGAGAUGGAGACGGUGGCCAACUGGGCCAAGUUCACCAUCAACAUCCUCUCUGUCUACAAGUGCCGUGACGAGCGGGUCAAGCGCGGUGACAACUUUUUGUGGAUCCACCUGAAAGACCUGUCCUGCAAAUGCCCUAAGAUCCAGAUCAGCAAGAAGUAUUUGGUCAUGGGGAUCAGCGAGAACUCCACUGACCGGCCCGGACUGAUGGCUGACAAGAACAGCCUGGUCAUCCAGUGGCGGGACGCCUGGACACGCCGCCUUCGGAAACUGCAGCGGCGGGAGAAGAAGGGCAAGUGUGUGAAGCCCUGAGGGAUUUGCACCCACCCUGUCCCCCCUGCCCAGCCCCAGCCCAGCUGGGCACUGCCAGACUGCGCCCACGGACUCUGUACAUAUAUAUAGUGUGAACGGACUGUCUAUAGUGUAUAUUUUGGCAAUGGUUUCCUGUUGUGUGCGUGUGCACGGGUGGGUGUGUGUGUCAGUCCUUUUCUCUAAGUGUGUAUUAAAAAUAAUGCAGUAAUGACAAACCUUUAAUGAGGAGCAAAGUGGAGCAAGGUCCUGUGGGUGCCUGUCUCCUGGAGGAGCUUGAAGGUGAUUGGUGUCCUGCUCUGGGCACUCUGGAGCUCAUUUUCAAGGCUUUUAUAUUCCCUUUAACGCAGUUGUCUUCUGCCCAGUGCUGACACCUCAGUUGACAGCUCUCCCUUCUCCAGCAUACAGGAUAUGAUUCUUCCUCACUCUGAAAAUGUGCUCACUCUGAAAUGCUGCCAGACCUCUUCCUGCCUUUCUCCUUGCCCAGGAGGAACAGGAGGUCAGAGUCUUCUGUCCCUCAUCCUGAUGUGCGGGCAGGCCGAGUAGAAACUGUCCAGUGCUGCAGAGCGUCCAGCCCCAGGAGCUCCACCAGGAAGGACAAAUGAACUUUUACAAAGCCUGAUUCCCUGGUGACCUUGGGCUCACGUGAACCAGUGCUGCUGGCUGGGGCAGGGCCUGUGCAGCGCCAUGGGAGGAGCCAGGCCCUGGCAGUGUGCUGGUGGCCACUACCAGGCAGAGCUGUGUCCACCAGGGAGGAAGGGACAGACCUGGCAAGCCCUGGUUGCCAUGUCCUGGUGCCUAGUCCAGACAAUCCAGUGAGAAAGACCUGGACACACCAUUUUCCCCUCCCAUGUCCACCUGCUCCAUCUGAACCUGAGCUGGACUGGACAGGCUGACCAGGCUGAUGUCUCAUCAUCCAUCCACCAGGUCUCCGUGCCUGUAUUCUCACCUGGUACCAACUGACAAUUUCACCUGUUUCUGUUGAGAUGACACCAAGUGACCAUCUGCCCUGGUGUGCAUCUUCCAGAGCUGGCCAGACUGUGCUCUCCUGGGAAGAAUUGCUGUGGCCAAGGUUGUCCAAGGAGAUGCACAAGGCAGAGGUGACAGGAAGAGAGAAGAGUUUUCAUUGAUCCACCUCUAGUCUUUUAUAUCUUCUUCACCAUGUAUUAGUCUCUGGUUAAACAGACACCAAUAUCUUCCCAUGUUGAGAUUGUAGCAGUCUUGGCUUAAUAAAUAUAAAUAGAAAUAAUA